CCAGUUACUGAACGCAUCAAAUUAGGGUUGAAGAACAAAAACUCUGACAGUGUUCUUUUUGUAGCACAAGUCACUUCUUCUCGUCGUAGAUCUUUCUGAGGACUGUAAAUCCAUUUCUUUUUUUGCUGGACACCUAGGUCUCAGUUUUUCGGGUUAAAACCCAUUGGGUCUCUGUUCUUUCUAUUUUCUCCAGAUUUCUUUGUAUGUUGUGGGAAUUAGGUUCUGGCUAAUCCUCUAUUGUAUUGCGCACGUUUAUUUUUUCUUGAAAAAUGGAUAUCAGUAAUGAAGCUAGAGUUGAUCAAUUCUCCAUUGGUCCUUACACAAUCAUUGGUAGGACAAUUGCUUUUAGACUUUUAUUUUGCAAGUCUUUGUCACAUGUAAGGCAACAGGUUUUCCAUGUUCUGUGGAGUAUUGCCUGUCAAUUGAAGGGCUAUGUGAUGCCUGUGAUCUCUUGGUUCCAUCCCCAAAACCCACAAGGAAUAUUAGCAAUGAUCACGGUCAUGGCUUUCUUGUUGAAUCGAUAUACAAAUGUAAAAUCGAGGGCUGAAUUGGCUUAUCGGAGGAAAUUUUGGAAGAAUAUGAUGAGGUCUGCUUUGACAUAUGAGGAAUGGGCUCACGCAGCUAAGAUGCUUGAUAAGGAAACCCCAAAGAUGAAUGAAUCAGAUCUUUAUGAUGAGGAAUUGGUGAGGAAUAAGCUCCAAGAACUUUGGCACCGUCGCCAGGAAGGCUCUCUCAGAGAUAUAAUCUUCUGUAUGCGUGCUGAUCUGGUUAGAAAUCUAGGUAAUAUGUGCAACCCUGAGCUUCACAAGGGUAGGCUUCAGGUUCCCAAGCUCAUAAAGGAGUACAUAGGUGAAGUUUCCACCCAGUUGAGAAUGGUUUGUGACUCAAAUUCUGAGGAGCUGCUCUUAGGAGAGAAGUUAGCCUUCAUGCAUGAAACAAGACAUGCCUUUGGGAGGACCGCGUUGCUCUUGAGUGGUGGCGCAUCUCUGGGUUCUUUUCAUGUGGGUGUUGUUAAGACAUUGGUGGAGCACAAGCUUUUGCCUCGGAUAAUUGCAGGUUCUAGCGUGGGCUCCAUCAUGUGUGCUGUUGUUGCCACAAGGUCUUGGCCUGAACUUCAAAGUUUCUUUGAGGAUUCCUGGCAUUCAUUACAGUUCUUUGAUCAGAUGGGUGGGGUUUUUACAGUUGUUAAAAGAAUUAUGACACAAGGAGUUGUUCAUGAUAUAAGGCAGUUGCAGAAGUUAUUGAGACUUCUCACAAGUAACCUAACCUUCCAAGAGGCUUACGAUAUGACUGGCCGUAUUUUGGGGAUUACAGUUUGCUCUCCUAGGAAACAUGAGCCCCCAAGGUGCCUUAACUACUUGACUUCACCUCAUGUUCUUAUAUGGAGUGCAGUGACUGCUUCUUGUGCUUUCCCUGGUUUGUUUGAGGCUCAGGAACUGAUGGCAAAGGAUAGAAGUGGCGAGAUUGUUCCUUAUCACCCUCCAUUUCACUUAAGUCCUCAAGAAGGUUCUGGUGUACAUACACGCAGGUGGAGGGAUGGUAGCUUAGAAAGUGAUUUACCUAUGAUGCAGCUGAAGGAGCUCUUCAAUGUCAAUCAUUUCAUUGUCAGUCAAGCAAAUCCUCACAUUUCACCAUUACUGAGGCUAAAGGAGCUUCUGAGAACUUAUGGAGGCAACUUUGCUGCCAAGCUUGCUCAACUUGCGGAGAUGGAGGUGAAGCAUAGAUUCAACCAGGUACUGGAACUUGGUUUUCCACUUGGGGGGGUUGCCAAGCUGUUUGCUCAAGAUUGGGAGGGUGAUGUCACUGUUGUGAUGCCAGCGACGCUUGCUCAGUACUCAAAAAUUAUUCAAAACCCAUCUUACGUGGAGCUUCAAAAGGCUGCGAAUCAGGGCAGGAGGUGUACUUGGGAGAAGCUUGCUGCCAUUAAGGCUAACUGUGGCAUUGAACUUGCAUUGGAUGAAUGUGUAGCAAUUCUCAACCACAUGCGUAGGCUCAAAAGGAGUGCUGAGAGGGCUGCUGCUGCUUCCCAUGGAUUAAGCAGUACAGUAAAGUUUAAUGCUCCUAAAAGGAUUCCCUCGUGGAACUGCCUUGCAAGAGAGAACUCAAUAGGGUCCCUUGAAGAAGAUACCCUUUCAGAUGUGUUGUGUUCAUCUCACCAAGGUUUUGGUGGCAAUACAGGAGGAGGGAGUUCAGCCCGGAACCUCCGUAACAUGCAUGAUGGAAGUGAUAGUGAAUCAGAGUGUGUGGACCUCAAUUCUUGGACGAGAUCUGGUGGACCUUUGAUGAGGACUACUUCAGCAAAUAAGUUCAUUGACUUUAUCCAAAAUUUGGAUGUUGAUGCCGAAUUUAGCAAGUUGUGGACAAGGGAAGAUGAGGUAAAAGGGUGGGUGGUUAAUCCCAACAAUUCUCUUGUGUUCCAGACAGCAGGCAGGGGGGAUCCAUAUUAUCGCGGUUCAAGGGGAACAACACCAGAUAGGAGCUCAGAGAACACAGAAUUUGACCAACGGGAUGUCGACAAUCAUAGACUUCCUUCAGCCACUAAUAGCAUCAUUGUUGGUGAGGGAGACCUGUUGCAGCCUGAAAGUAUACAAAACGGGAUUGUACUCAAUGUCAUGAAGAAGCAAGUACUAACUACUCUAGCGCAUGAGAUUAAUGUUUCUGAAUACUCUUUCCACAGUCCAGUUGAGUGUCUGCAAGUUGAAUGUCUGAAUGAAAGCUCGGCAUCAGAAUGUGAUAACAAUGAAGAGACUGUUUACAGCUGCCAUACUGAUAUGGUUUCACCUAAUUCUGAGGAUCAUUCAGUCUCAGCUGAAGGUAAAUGUGAAGCUUUGGGCAGCUGAGGAUUGAGGGAUUCUCCAUUUCUGUAAUUUGAUUUUCUGUUCCUUGAGUACUAAAAUUUGGAAACUGGCAUCCCCUUGGGGCCAAAAAGAUUAGGUAACAUACACAUUCCAAGUUCAAAUUCUAACUGACAAUGUAUGGGUAGCACUAUUGCGUUAGGAACUGUAUAUUUACUUGGAAACUGCUCAAUACGUGCAAACUAAUACUACUGCCCUGUAUUGUGGCUUUGUUGUAA